UUUAAAAAUCAUAUCAAAAGCUACUUUUAAAUAAAUAAAAAAUCAAGUCUUUAAAAAUCGAAGAUAACCCAAAUUGGGGAAAUUGGUCGGCUCCUCGGAAACCUUUGCGCUUUGAAUUGCCCGCCGGCGAUCUUCACAAUACUAAUCAAGAGCCGUUUACACAUUCUCACUCAAAAAAUCAUCGUUUCCGAUCUCGCCCACCAACUGUUCGACGAAAUGCCUGCUCAGCAAGAAUCAGUCCUCUGAGAUGAAGACCUUACCCACCUAUCAAUUUCCGCAUCCGAUUCCAAAUUGCAGCAACAUUUCUAGGUUUUCACAGGGAAUAGCAUUCGCAUCACGCUCUGAAAGUGCUAAAAGACGGCCCCACAGAAAACUGCACCUUCCCAAGAACCUCCAAAACCGUCGACGCACCGGAAUUCCACCUGACUUCCAUCCUGUGCUUUAUCGCGUGGAUCAGUCAGACGAAGAAGAAAACGAUGUCAGUGAGAUUGAUAAUGGUAGUGAAGUUUGGGAAUCAGAUGAGAUCGAAGCCAUUUCAUCCCUUUUUCAGGGAAGAGUUCCACAGAAGCCUGGAGAAUUGGGGAGGGAAAGGCCCCUCCCACUCCCCCUACCCCACAAAAUUCGACCGUUGGGAUUUCCGGCGACGAAGAAUCUCCCACGAACGCAUCAUGCUCGAUCAUGGAGGCGGCCAUUGUCUGAUCAGGUUUACAAGAAUCCAUCUUUCUUGAUUAAGUUAGCUAAGGAUAUCAGAGCCCUUCAUCCUCAGGAAGAUGUAUCCAUUGUACUAAACCAAUGGGCUCGAUUCUUGCGAAAAGGGUCCUUAUCGAUCGCGAUUCGGGAAUUAGGACACAUGGGGGUACCGGAAAGAGCAUUACAUGUUUUCUGUUGGGUUCAAAAGCAGCCUCAUUUAUUCCCCGACGAUCGCAUUCUUGCUGCGACCGUCGAGGUCCUAGCAAGAUCAAACGAGCUGAAAAUGCCUUUUGAUAUGGAGAAAUUCAUCAGCUUGGCGAGCCAGAGUGUUUACGAAGCAAUGGUGAAGGGUUAUAUCAAAGGCGGGAACUUGGGGCUCGCCCGGAAGCUUCUCUCGGCAGCCAUGGAAGGCAAGAAGGUCCUGGACCCUGGAGUGUACGCCAAACUGAUUCUUGAGCUCGGGAAAAAUCCCGACAAAAGAUUUCUUGCUCUGCCCCUGUUGGAGGAGCUCGCGCGAAGGGACGACCUCAAAUUGAAACAGCAGGAUUGUACAGCUGUCAUGAAAGUAUGCAUACAUCUCGGCAGGUUCGACAUUGUUGAGGCAUUAUACAGUUGGCUCAAAGCGUCGGGUACGGUUCCUACGGUAGUAACAUACACGACGAUGAUCAACAGUCGGUGUUUGGAGGGAAAUUAUCGGGAAGCGAUGGCUGUUGUUUGGGAAAUGGAGAUGUCAAAUUGUGCGAUCGAUUUCCCAGCGUACCGGGUGUUGAUAAAGCUCUUUGUUGCUCUGCAAGAUGUUGGGAGAGUGUCGAGAUACUUUGUGAAACUUAAGGAAGAUGGGUUUGUUCCUACUUACGACAUUUACAGUGAAGUGAUCGGAAUUUAUGUCGCCACAGGGAGGAUUGGGAAGGGAAAGGAAAUCUGGCGGGAAGCAGAGAUGGCUGGUUUUCGACUGGAUGAAAGAAUGAGUAUGGAGAUCAUAAGCGAGUGUUAG